AUGGCAUCUCACAAGCCCGUCAUCGUCGUCGGAUCCGGCCUAGCCGGUCUGUCUGCCGCCCACGAGGCUCUCAAGGCCGGCGCCUCCGUGCAGAUGCUCGACCGCGCGCCCAAGCCAGGCGGCAACAGCAUGAAAGCAUCGUCCGGUAUCAACGGCGCAGGGACGCGGUUCCAGAAGGCCCUUGGUUUGAGGAAGGAUGACCUUUUCUAUGAAGACACGAUCAAGUCUGGCGGCGUGCGAUUCAAGGAGGCCAAAGGAGUCGUUGAUCGGCCGAGGCUUGUUGAUUUAUUGACAAAGAGCUCCGGGGGGGCAGUGGAUUGGCUAGUUGACGACAUCGGUGUCGACUUGAGUGUUGUUGCGCCUUUGGGAGGACACUCCAUGGCAAGAACGCACCGCGGGGCGGGCAAGACGCCUCCUGGAGCGGCCAUCGUGACGACUUUGUUGAAGAAGCUUGGCGAGAACCCCGAGUUUCAACUCAAGAACUCUGCCGAGGUCACGUCACUAAAGGUCGUAGACGGAGUCGUCCAGGGCGUCCAGUAUACCCAGGACGGAGAGCAACAUGACCUCGAAGGAGCCGUCGUCUUCGCCGUCGGAGGUUUCGCGGGUGACGCAAACGGUCUCUUGGCCAAGUACCGUCCAGACCUUGCGGGUCUCCCAUCAACAAACGAGGCCCGGCCUGCUUCGCACGGCAUCCUCGAGGCCGUCGGCGCAGAGUUUGUCGACAUGGAUAGCGUACAAAUACACCCCACUGGCUUCGUCGACCCCAAGGACCCGGAGGCGCAGUACAAGUUCCUCGCAGCCGAGGUCCUCCGCGGCGAAGGCGGCAUUCUUCUGUCAAACAAGGGCGAGAGAUUCGUCAACGAGAUGGAGACGAGAGAGCAUGUCAGCAAGGCCAUCAUGGCGGUGCCACCAAAGGAGAACAGCGAGACGAGGCAGUGGGACGUGACUCUGCUUAUGGACCCUGGUGCGAUUGAGGUAGCCGAGGGACAUCUGGGCUUCUACCUCUGGAAGGGCUUGAUGGAGAAGAAGAAGGUCAAAGAUCUUAGCCCGGAAGUUAUCAAGGCUGUUGACGAGUACUCGGCCCUGGUAGCCUCCGGAACGGACACGGCGUUCGGCCGGCGGACGUUCGGUCGGUGGAGGCUGAAAGCCGGGGAGGGCAACCGCGAAAAAGAAGUUUGCGUCGGCCGGGUCACGCCGAUUACCCACUUCACCAUGGGCGGUGCCUCAUUCAACCUCAAAGCCCAGGUGCUGCGCGAGAACAACACUGCCAUCGAAGGUCUUUGGGCAGCAGGUGAGAUCACUGGUGGUAUCCACGGCGACAACAGGCUUGGAGGAUCAUCACUGCUGGAGUGCGUGGUUUUUGGAAGGAUAGCAGGCCAACAGGCGGCCAAGUCGGCAUUGAGCUCGUGA